CCGCAGCUCCAGUGGCAGAUCUUCACGUUCAGUACCUCGUCCAGCAGCGGCUUGUAACCCCCCACCUCAGCCAGCUCACCAUGCUCCUCCCCCAGCUCCCGCUCAGAGUGGCAGUGGUGGCUCUCUGCUUGGUGGCAUUGAUUCAACCAUUGCUUAGGGUACAUUAGUGAAUAUGAUUAUUUCAUUUUAAUGGAUGGGAUGGGACCUGUGAAAACGAAUUUCUUUGUGCCUAAUGGAUGGAAAAAUUGUUGUGGGCAUGGCUUUUGGAACUGGUGGUGCAGUAGCUCACAGGGCUGUGGAUGCCGUGAUGGGUCCCCAGACAAUUCAACAUGAAACAGUUGUCGCUGAGGGUGCUGCUGUCGCCCCUGCACCAGCUGCAAAUAGUCUUGGUAGCGAUGCCUGUGGUGUUCAUACAAAGGCCUUCCAAGGUUGCCUGAACAGUUACGGGAAUGACAUUGGCAAGUACCAAUUCUACAUGGACAUGUUAGCAGAAUGCAGGAAGAACUGUGGAGCCUCACUGAGUGCUUGAGCUAUUUUUCCUCUGCUCUUACCCUUCUGCGAUAGAAUUAUCUCUGCCAUGAGCCAGCGUUAGUGAAACUGACA